AGGGUGUCCGCGCAGACGUGCACGCGCACAGCGGCGAAAGCAGUAGAUCUGGAGCUAACUGCUAAAUGCUAAAGGUUAGCCAACAGCAGCAGCAGCAGUGAGUUAAGAAGAAAAUGGCGAUCAUGCAGGACGAAUGCCUCCCCUCGUAGAUGCUGCAAGCGCGUUCAAGGAAUUCUUUUAGCCUUACAAUCGGCUUUCCUUUUCCACUCUGGUGCACUUUAUUCUUCAAUGAGGGAACCCACCCACAGAAGGGAUACGUUGUGGAUGGAAGAAAGCGAGAAACGCAGUGUGUGACUAAGACGGAGGAUAAGACUAACAGGAGUGGACACAAGGAAUCCAAACGGCAUCCCCUUUCUCCAAUCCCCGCACACCAACGCACAUUUCAGUGUUCAUCAAGGCCUCAGCGAUGCCAAGGGGGCCCGAUCAAGCAGCCGCCCACUCUGAACAAGCCGGCCUCUUCGCUCCAGACCCUUGAGGCCGUACCUGCUCAAGAAGUCCCCCUCUCCCUCGUCACCCUGGGAACCCGAGAAAAUACGUUCUCCUGUCAACCCGGGGAGGCCCUCAAGCCCAUACACGAGCUGCAGCAGCGGGCUGCCCUCGCAGGCAUGGCUCCCAUUCGGGAUUCAGUCAGCCAUUCUCCUAAUCAAACAGGCCUGGAACACCCUGGCUUGGACUCGCAGUAUGAGCCCUCUCCCUGGUCUUCUGGCUCUCCCUGCAGCGGCGACAGCAACAGCAGUUGGGGAAAGGUCCUAGUGGACGGAAGCACAGAUAAAGCCAACAACCCCACCUCGACUAGUUCUUCUGUCUGGCCCCCGUCGUCGUCUUCUUUCUCUUGUUCCUCCUCCUCGUCCUCUUCCGGCUGCGGGUCAGGAUCCGACCCCGAGUUGGCGUCAGAAUGCAUGGAUGCGGACUCGAGCCCGUCGACCGGCUCCGAGAAUAACUUUGCGGCGCUCGCCGCGACGACCGGGAUGAUGUCAGCAAACGCGUCUUCCGCCGAGUCUCCGUCGACGUUCGCGCCUUCCUCCGACAUGAUGGUCGGCGUUUCGAUGAACGGAGACAGCAACGGCAAUAGUUGUCAGGUUAACGGCGGAGGCGUCGGAACAAUCUGUGGUGCAAAAAAUGGAAAUAGCAACAUUACUGGACACCCUCACUUCUCUGUGGCCGGGUCCAGCGGUCUUGGCAGCAAUAACCUGGGUAACCAUAACAAGCUUGUUAACAACAGUGUUUGGGCCACUCAGUCAGGCAACACCAUGAUGGCUUCCAGCGAAAGCAGCAGCAUCGGAGGCUUGACUCCCCCAAACGCCAACCAUGGUGCCUGGCCACAAAAUCCAACCCUGGGCCCCCAACGUCCUCUCCAGCCUCAGGGGAUGAAUUCCAAAUUGGGUAUCGCUCCCCAGCAAGGCCCCGUGAUGGGAUGGGGUGGCAUGGCAGCUCCCGACAAAAGCAGUAUGAUGGAAGACAUGGAGGUGAAUAAUGGUACAUCAAGCAGCAAUGUGUUAGGAGGCAGCAGCAGUGGAAAUGGUGGCCCGCCGCCCGCCAACUUUAACACUGAACCCAACGGACCAAAUAACACUAUGACGAUGAAUACUACUACUACUUCUACUAUUACUACUACUAACACGACAAUGACCUCUGCUCCACCAAACUCUAUCGCCUCGCCUCAACUGAGCGGCGAAUGCUCCUGGGGCUCGAUUGGAGGAGCAGGGCAUGGUGGUCUGCUGCCCAACGGAAACACUUCAUCCGCCCCCCAGCGCCCCCACGGAGAGAUGGCGGGUCCCGGAACCUUUGGUACGCCUUGGGAUGCAUCUAGCUACUCUGGAGAGAAGGGUCCCCCAAAUUCCGACACUGUGAACCCACAAGCCCCUGCCUUAAUGCAGGCUGGCAAUUCCCAAAUGUCCACUACUGCUGCUGUUAAGAGUAAUAAUAACAACCACCAUGGCACCGGGGGUUCACGCUGGGAUCAGGGGCCUGCCAGUAACCCAAAUCCGAGUCAGAGCAACAACCCCUGGGGUCUCAGUACAAAUCAAACCCCAGCCUCUGCAGGACAACUCCCAGGGACUGUGAACCAAACGUCAAUGAGCUCUCCUUUAGGGGUACCUCGCCCUUGGGGAAGCAGCGCAUCAUCUUCCUCCUCCUCGUCCUCCUCGUCCACGUCUAACAAGCUGUCGAAUGGAGAGUGGGGAACAACCCACGGGAACAACCAUUUGGAGGCUGAAAGUCAAAAAGGAGGUGCUGCUAACAAUGGCUGGAAGAGCCUGGAGGACGAUGCCAUAGGCAUGGGUGGCGGAGGGCCCGGCAGCGCAAGCCUGGCUGGUGUGUCAGGGGGCUGGGGCCGCUCUGGAGGAAGCGAGGGAAGCGGCGAGAGCUCCGGAGGCCAGUCCGGCUCGGACCGAGAGAACGCCCUGUCAAAAGGAGGGAAUCGAAGAAAAGUCAACAAUCCGACAACAGUCGUCGCCUUACCGAGUCGAACCGAUGUGGACCCGAGGGUCCUAUCGAAUACCGGGUGGGGACAAACACCCAUACAACAGAAUACUGCUUGGGAUGUGAGUUCCAUCAACAAGCAGCCACUGGCGCUCAGAGGAGAUGAAAGAAAACAGCGCUCCGGCUGGGGAACAGCAACACCCGCACGGACCGCUCCGAGCCAGACCUCUGGGGGUACAGGUUGGGGUGAUGGUCCAGGUUCUGCGAGCACAGAUACUGGAAGCUCUGGUUGGGGAGAGCCGCGAUCAAACUCCGGGUGGGAUAACAGAGGCCCGGGAAGUGGCUGGGAUAAUGGAUCCAGUUACAAAGGGGGCAACAACAACAGUAAAGAUGACAGAUCCAAUACAUGGACAAAUACGCCCAAACAGCAACAGGGCUGGAGUUCCAGCAGUGGCAAUGAGGAUGAAGGCUGGGGUCAAGCUGGAGAUAGUUCCAGAGCAGUGUCGAACAACCACUGGGGAGAUCCCCACAAAAGUGCCGGGUCAGUAGGCUGGGACAGCGACAGCGACCGAUCAGGUUCCGGAUGCUGGAGCGAGCCGGGCCGAACCAACACCAGCAGCAGCAACACCUGGGGAGGAAGCGGAGGGUCAAAUACUCCAGACCAGAGUACUCCCACCCCUGGCUCCAACUGGGGCGACUCCAAACCCAGUCAUCAAAAUAAAAGCCAAGGCUGGGGAGAGCCAGUGAAGAACAACCAGGUUUCCCAGAACUGGGGCGACUCCAAUUCGAAGCCCUCGUAUACUUCCAACGAGUGGGGAAAAGGUCCCGACUCCAAUAUGUCAAGGGCCAACAACAAGCCGACGGGCUGGUUGGGAGGUCCCAUGCCCACAGUGGGUCAAAAGAACGACGCCGCAACUGGGUGGGAGGAGCCGUCUCCAGAAUCCGUUCGCCGGCGGAUGGAGAUUGAUGACGGAACCUCAGCUUGGGGAGACCCUGUGAAAUACCACGGCGGCGCUGUCAACAUGUGGAACCGAACGAGCCAAUCGGAGCAAGACAAUGUUGGGCCAUCUUCUCAACACCAAUCUCACUCAUCGCAUAGCUCGACACAUCCUUCGCAGUCCAUGCAGCCUCAUGGGCAAGAUAAAGGUGGCAAUUCAAGUUGGGGUGAGGCAUAUCCCCAGCAGAAAGAGUCCUCAACAUGGGGUGAACCCAGCUCGACUCCGCCCGUGACGGUGGACAAUGGGACAUCAGCCUGGGGGAAGCCAGUGGACACUCGCCCGAGUUGGAAUGAACCCAGUCGGGAUAAUAGAGAACCUGCAUCUGGUUGGGGAGGUCGUCAUAAGUCUGGUCUUGGUUCCAAACCGAUGGACACAUGGCGCGGUGAUGACUCUAUGGGUAACAGUUGGGACCAGGAAGAGGAGGUCGAGAUUGGCAUGUGGACUAACAACCAACAGGAUAACCGAUCACAUGACCAAAACACCUGGAACUACAAGCAUAAGGGAUCCUUCAAGAUGAAUAAACCUGUAAACAAACCCGACGAGCCGUGGAUGAAACCGUUCAUGAACCAGUUCAACAACAUGAGCUUUUCACGAGACUCUCCUGAUGACUCCAUGAAAACUGGAGCAGGUAUGGUGCAAGACAAGCGCAUGGACUCGAUGGAUUUUGGGGGAGUCAUGGGGAAGAAUGCUGGGUCCCAACACCAGCUCUCCAAAGACUCGCCCAUGGAUCGUAGUUCUUACUAUGACAAGCUGUCCGCUCCCCUCUCUGCUUCGGCCGAGCGCUGCUCCAGUCAAAGCAUGAGCUUUUCCCCUCCCGCUUCCACUCAGCCUAUCCUAUGUCACGACUCCGGGCCAUCUCCCGCCCACUCUAACCCUGGCGUCUCUCGGCAGAAUGUAAACCCAAUGCUGGGUGGCAACAGCUUAGCACAGGGCCGCGGUGGGAUGCAGUCUCAACUCCCUCAUCCUAAUUACCGGAAUCAAGUGCCUCCUCCCAUCAUGCCCUCUCAGGUCCCUCCACCCCUGUUAAAAUACCCAGGUGGUACUGGAGCCCUGAACCCUUUGUUAGGCCCUCAGCAGGUGGCUGUGCUUAACCAGCUCUCCCAACUCAACCAGCUGACCCAGCUGCAGCGGCUUAUUCUUCUCCAGCAACAGCAGCAACAACAACAGCAGCAGCAACAGAAGGCCCAGAACCAGAGAGUGAUGCCCGUGGGACGACCGUCUGAGCAGACGCGCCCAAUCGGGUCAUCUCCAUCAAUGAUUCAGCCUCCACGUCACCUGGACGCUUCUUUGCUGAAGCAGUCCCCAGCCCUUAAACCAUACUUGGAUAGCUACUUGCCCCACAACAGCCCUGACAUGGUGAAGGAUACUUCCACAAUUGGAUCCUUCAGCAACUUCCCUUUAAGCUUGAACCCUAACCUGAAUGUAUCCCUGGACAUGGGUGUUGGGACUAAUGCUGGCGGAGCUUUAAGCUACAAAGAACUGCCCCAGUCCAGGCUGAAGAAACUGUGGGUUGCCGACCCUCUGGAGCAGAACAGCAAAUCUGGUGCUAUUUCGUCAGGGCUGCGUCUGGAGGACUCUCCCUUUUAUGACUUCCUGUCCCCCGGCCCAUCUCCCCUGAGUCCUCCCGGCCAAUCAAUGGGCUCAGUGGGUGACGUCUGGCCGCCCCGUGCCAAUUCCCCACCACCCCAUGCAAACACUGUCACCUGGCCCCCAGAGUUCCGACCCGGUGAACCUUGGAAAGGUUACCCCAACAUUGAUCCUGAAACUGACCCUUACGUGACCCCCGGUAGUGUCAUUAAUAACCUCUCCAUCAACACCGUCCGUGACACAGACCACCUCAGGGACAGGAACAAUGGGCCAUCCUCAUCACUGAACACCACGAUGCCUUCUAACAGUGCCUGGUCAUCCAUUCGUGCCUCCAGCCACAGCGGUUCCCUCACCAGUACAGCACAAAGCACUUCAGCCAGACCCAGUGAGUCAAAAUGGUCUCCCGGCAUUGGUUCUGUAUCAAACUCCUCUCUGGCCCAUGAGCUGUGGAAGGUCCCCCUGCCUCCCAAGGCGCUGUCCGUGGCGGCCCCCUCCAGACCUCCACCUGGCCUCACCGGUCAGAAGCCCAACUCGGCCUCCUCCGGCUGGGAUGGCUCGGCCCUGAGGCUGGGUGGGUGGGGGUCCACUGACUCCACAUACGCACCUGGCUCCAGUUGGGGUGACAGCAACAGCUCAGGGAGAACCCAAUGGCUUGUUCUGAAAAACCUCACACCUCAGAUUGACGGCUCUACGCUGAGGACUCUGUGCAUGCAGCAUGGCCCUCUGAUCACAUUCCACCUCAACCUGCCGCACGGUAACGCUGUGGUGUGCUACAGCUCCAAGGAUGAGGCUGCCAAGGCCCAGAAGAGCCUGCACAUGUGUGUUUUGGGGAACACGACUAUUCUGGCCAAGUUCGCCAGCGAGGAGGAAAUCAGCCGCUUCUUUGCACAAGGGCAGUCACUGGCCACUCCCUCCUCGGGCUGGCAGGCCAUCGGCUCGUCUCAGAGCAGAAUGGAUCAGUCGCACGCUUUUCCCAGCCGCUCCGCCGAGCCCAGCCAAUGGAACAGCGGCGAUCUCCACGGCUCCUCCCUCUGGGGCGGGCCCAAUUAUUCCAGUAGCCUGUGGGGCAGCCCCAGCGGCACGGAGGCGGGAAGGAUCGGCAGCCCUUCUCCAAUCAGCUCCUUCCUCCCGGUGGAUCACCUGGCCGGCGCCGGGGACUCCAUGUGAGUGAGCGUCGGCAAGGGUUAGUGGCAAAUUGUCAAUAAUCAGCAGAAUGAAAAGCAAAAGAAGUGGCACUACUCACUUAUGACAAGAUGUUCAACAAAACGGGGUCCCCCCCCUGUGGAAAACAAGUUACGUUUCUCUCUCUGCACAUAUGUCCACUUUGUUUUAGCCCAAAAACAUAUCAGUCGGAAUACUUGAAUCCUGCAGGCCAAUUCUAUAAUGUGAACGGAUGGAUAUUUGCUUCCAGGUAGUGCUCUUUCACACCGAAAAAAAAGCUUCAAUUGAGCUCAUUAUUAUAAAUAUAUAUAUAUUUGUUUCCUUCGUCGUGUUUUUUUUUUCUUUUUUUUUUAAUUCCAAUUAUUUUCUUUUUUUGCUGACAAUGUUGGAGUAAGAGCUUUUUAAACUUUGCACUGAAUGUGUUUUUUUUUGUUUUUUUUUUCCUCAGUAUAUAUUUAAUCUGCAAUAUAGAGGGAGCAGCCAGUUUUUUCCAGUGUAGCUGUUUACUCAUUGAGGUCCUUACCGUGUAUGCGUGGCUGUACAGUGUGUGUGCGUGCGCGUGUGUGUUUGCGCGCGCUCCUUUCUUGCCUUGGCACGCCUGUCGUGGAGUUUGAGAUCAACAGAUAAAUUCAAGAAGAAGAAAAAACUAAUUCGGGAGGAUUAUCUCGGGAUAGUUAAGAGAGAGAGAAAAAAAAAAGUAUUGCACCAAUGUUUUGUUUGAAAACUAAAGAACGUUGAGCUCUGCAGUGCAAAGGACUGUAGCCGCAGCUGGGACUAGCAAGCCCCAGCUACCCUAAUGUAGGGGCCGGGGCCUAUCUAGCAAGCCCUCCCUAGCGCCCCCACAAGGGCAAGGGUGGGAACAGCACUUUCAGAAUAGGCUUUCAAUAUUUUGGAGGUGCCACACUGCAACCUCUUGUUUACAAGACUUAGGAGGCGGAACGUGUGUUCAUCCUUCAUUUUAAAGAGAAGAUGGAGUAAAAAAAAAAAAAAAACGUAAAAAAAAAUAUAUAAAACUGAAAAAAAGGAAAAACAUUUCUAAAAGAAGAAAAAAAUCACAAAAAUAAUGUUAGCGAGGAUGAAGAAGAUGCUUUGUAACUCUGGGAAUUCGGAUCAGUGUUUUUGGCCAUGGUGUUGGUUAUUUGAAUUAUUCCUCUGUCUGCUAAAUAACCAGCAAUGGUUCUCAGGAAAUCAAGCCAGUUUUCCCCCCCUUAUAGUUGAUUUAAAGAGGAAAAAAAAAAAAAAAACGACUACUCCUCCUCCUUGUAGGAAAGGAAAAUCCAACUUCUAGCACUGAAAACUAUGUAUGAUAUGGUCUGUAAGUUUCUUUUUUUCUCUGCCAAAUAACUGCUUUAAGCUGGAGAAGCUCAACACACUGCUUUCAAUAUGCUGUCUUUUGAGGGUUGGGGGGGUCCAAGUGUGUGCGUGUGCGAGAGAUCAUGUUUGUGUGUGUGUGUGCGUCUCCUCCACUCCACCCGAGUUCAAAUCAACAGUGGGGGGAGUGCAAAUGUUGUAUAAACCAAGAGAAAGGCGAAACUGUAUCUAUGCAUACUGUAGCUUCUCACGGCCUACUGAGAGGUUUUUUUUUUUCCAUGUCCGACAAGUUUUAAAUGUUUCAUUCAGUACGACAACAUUUUAAACGACAUAUUUAGCUCUCAUUGCCAGUGUUUUUUUUUUGUUUUUUGUUUUUUUGGGGGGGAAAGAAAAAAAAAGGAAAGAAGCAACAUGUUUGUUUUUGUUUUUAUAAACAGUGAAGCAAAAGUCGUCCACAUUUCAUUGCCUUGAUCCCAAUUGUGUCCGCACAUGCAACAACAAGUCAAGUGGCUUCUACCUGUUUACAAAUGGAAUAUGAUUGUAUUGUUGUGCUGGGGAGGGAAGGGCAUCUUAAACCUGAUCAAUAAUGUGUGAAUGUGCGUCCAUGUUCAUAGAUGUCCCAUCUCGGUUGUCGUGUAGCUCCCAUGAUGCUCAACUUCUUUUUUUGUGUGUUGGGGUGGAGGGGGAGGGGCUUAAAAAAAAAAAAAAAAAAAGCUUCCGAGUGCACAUGAGCGUUAGCGAAGCCAUGGACCUUAAACUCUUCAGUGCGUGUGGUUUUUAUUUGACAAGUACGACACGUUGGCUUUAGUUUUUAAGUCGAGCAGUGAUUAACAAUGAGUAUUAGCCACAAGUGUGUGUGCGUGUGUGUUUGCGUGCGCGCUAGUAUUGAACUGCUCUACCAAAUAAUUCAAUCAAAAUCUUAGUUUACUUAAUUCCACAUCUCUUUGCUUAAACUGUGUUUUUGUGGGUCUUAUUAGACGCGAUUUAUCAAGAGGAACAUCAGAAUUUUUUUUUUUUUAUGUGAUUAACUUAACUGACAUGUUGAAGAGAGGAGCCUUGGAUUUUGCACUUGGUGGGUUUGGGUUUUACCCAAAAGCCGUUUGUAAGGAACCAUCGGUCGGAAGAGCUGGUGAUGAUGGCGUUGUAUUUUUUUGCAAAAGUGGCUGAAUGUGUGUGUUAUAGUUUAGUUAGUUUAGUGACAGGGUAAAUGGAGAAGAUGGUGUUGUCUUCUUUGGAGAACCAGCAAGUUGUCUCAUUGCUUACCUUCCUAUCCAACCACUUGUUGCUGUCCAGUAGAAACAUUUUUUACCCCCUCCAAAAAGUUAUUAAUGGCCUACAGAUGCCGCAAGGUGGCGGCAAAGCACUAUUUUAUCCAAAGGCAACCCAGUUCCAUUUAUUUACUUGAAGUUAAAAAAAAAAGUUACUCAAAAAACAAAUAUGUGGGGAUGUUUGCUUUUCAUUGGACAGUGAUGUGCUGUAGUUGUCAUGGCAACAGGCAGUCACAGGGACAGCGGGAAAAACAAGGAAGCCUGCCCAGUAGGUUGUCGCUUGUCGUCUUCUGGAAUGAACAGCUUGCCCGAUUCUGGAUUUGCUCGAGCUCCCACUUGCUUUUCUUCUCACCGAUCCAGCGUCAGUUUGUCCUCUUAGCUCUCAACCUCGACUAACAUUAUCUUCGAUGAUCUUUCAGUUGCAGCAAGGCGUUCUCUCUCCAGCUUUGCGAGCUUUCGCCAGCUUCUUCUCAAUUCCUCUUUUUCGGCCUUCUUGCAUAGACAGCUUUCUUAACAAUAGCGUUGGAAGGAGGAUGGAGGGUUAGCUUUUGUGUCACGGCUUGCUAAAAAAAAAAAAACAUCGACACUUAAUGUCCGUAAACUACUGAUAAAGACCACAUUAUUACCACAGAUAUUCUUUGCCAAGGAAUUAUGUGCCUCCUACAGAAUGGCGAUAAAGUUUUGGAAAGCUUUGAGGGGGGUAACGCUAGCUAGCCGACCUUUCUGCAGCACGACUGCAUUUUCUUUCCCCCCCCGUUAAGUGUCGAAGCGAAAUGCUCACGUGACUGCUUGACAACACAGAAUUCCAUAAGAUGAUGCCAAAUGGAGGUGGUAGCGGGAAUGAAAGGGACAAGGGGGGGGGGGGGGGUUAUGAAUGUGUGUGUGUUUAAGAAGCAGGACAAUGCGGAAUGCUUGAAGCCAAGUGUUUUGCAACGAUGAUUUAAGGAAAACCUUUUGAGCGAGAACCACCUUACAAUCUCCAGGGCUGCCUAGCAGCUUCCCAAGAUGGAGGGGAGGGAGGGAGGGCGGGAGGGAAGCUGGCAGGUGAUACUUUACUACUUUUUAUUAUUUAAGAAGAAUAAUGUGACUAUGUUCUCCUCUUGACUGAACUCUUCUGUGCGCAAACACCCAGUGGCAAUUAUUGUCGAUCAAAAAUGCUCGACACACAAAAACGAUGCCCCGCCACCCAAAAAAAAAUAAACUGUGAUUAUCUGCUGUCUUUUUAUUUUUUUGUCGGAGUAUAAAUAUGCGCAAAAAACAAAACAAAAGCUUUAGUCUAACCAGCACAAAGAGGGUGGGUGUCGCUCAGUGAGACUAUGCAGUGGAGUGUUGAACCCAGGCUUCCAUGUCCAACUUGGGUUUUUGUCGUGUUCUUGAAAAUACCUUAAAAAAAAAAAAAAGUUGACGGGAUUCCCAAUAAUAUUCCUCAAACAUGUUGUGCCAUUGAAUCCUACUGCUACUACUAAUAAUGAACUAAUAAUGGAGAGGAAAAAAAAAAAAAAAAAAGUUUACCUAGCAACCGCCGGGCCAGUUGUAGCAGGAAGUGGGUGCGUGGUCAGGUCCAUUCGUUUCUUUUUCCCAGCUCGGCGAUAGACUGGCGAAAGUGCAAAUUUUACACAACUUUUUUAUAGAGAUUCUAUCAAUCCACAGUUGGAUCACCUCUUAUUAUGCACAUUGCUUUGGGAGACUGUUGAAUCAAUAAUAUCUCUCUAUAUAUAUAUAUAUAUAUGAGAAUAUGUACUGACAGUGUCUCUAAUCAUCGAGGGGGGGGGGGUGUCUUCCUAACCUAGAAACGACAGGAAGUAACUUUAUUUUCAAACGUCUUCCUCGGGUCAUCACAGGAUUUUAUCUUAACACUUUUGGGGGAACUGCACUUUUUGAAGGACAAUCUUUAUUUCGGUAUAUUGAUACAUUAAUUUAAAAAAAAAAAAAAAAAAAAAAGUGAACGAAGUCGCCUAUGACAAGGUAUUAAAACCAACUCCAGUGUGCUCUAAUAUGAAUGUCUCCUCUGAUGCUGUCUGUUUGGUUUCAUUUAUUACUUUUUUUUUUUGCUUGGUUUAAGUAUUUUUUCCUUAUUUCUUUCUGAAUUUUUAGUGCUCUUAAGAGAAUGUGUACUAAGGUGUAGACUUGUAGGUAGUAGGUCUUCUGUUGGCUGUACUCGUAUACUGAUUACUGUUUGUAACCUCUGGCCCCUUCAGCCAGCAUACAAAGCUGUAUAACUUGGGUACAACCCUCAAUAAAAGACUAACAAUCA